CAUGCGUAUUACCUUGCUAGUCAACAACGCCCUGGCGCUGGCGCUGUUCUGAACCUGAAAAUUUGAAGUUGCUCAGAAGAGGAAGGCAGGAGUGUCAGCUUACCAAAAGCUUACAAUCUGGCGAUUUCUUAGAAAAAAGCCUAUAAUUCAUAGGGUUUAAACCAGAAUAAAAAUGCAGACAAUCAAGUGUGUUGUGGUGGGUGAUGGUGCUGUGGGUAAAACCUGUCUUCUAAUCUCAUAUACAACAAACAAGUUUCCAAGUGAAUAUGUACCAACUGUGUUUGAUAAUUAUGCUGUCACUGUUAUGAUUGGUGGUGAACCAUACACCCUUGGGUUAUUUGAUACUGCAGGUCAAGAGGAUUAUGAUCGACUUAGGCCUCUGUCAUAUCCACAAACAGAUGUUUUUCUUGUCUGUUUUUCAGUCGUUUCUCCAUCAUCUUUUGAAAAUGUGAAGGAAAAGUGGGUUCCUGAAAUUACUCAUCACUGUCCUAAAACGCCAUUCCUUCUUGUUGGAACACAAGUCGAUUUGCGAGAUGACGCCAGCACAAUAGAAAAGUUGGCAAAAGCCCGCCAAAAGCCAAUCACGAUUGAAAAUGGUGAGAAACUGGCGCGUGAGUUAAGAGCGGUUAAAUACGUCGAAUGCUCCGCUUUAACGCAAAAGGGAUUGAAGAAUGUCUUUGACGAGGCCAUCCUUGCUGCCUUGGAGCCACCGGAAACGCCCAAAAAGAAGAAAUGCUCAAUUUUGUAACCAAACCGUUAUCUUGUUCGUACGAGACACUGAUUUAUAGGAGAAAGUAACUUUCAAGACCUUGUAUACAAAACAUGGAUAUUGUGAAAGGGUUUGCAGAGGCGCCUAACUGGGGAACCCUCUGUGAGAAGGUUUUUUUGUAAAAAUAAUAAUAAUAACAUGAAUUAUAAAACAAGGAUGCGUUGUUAUUUAGUGGUGAUUUGUUAAAUGUUUUUUUGCACGUUAUGUGUAGUAUUUCAAAUAAAUGAUUACUGAUAGUAAA